AUGGCGGCCACGACGAUGGGAAUGGGCAUGACCAAGGUCUGCAGCCGGUGCCCCGUCUGCUUCGGCGGCAUGGGCCACGGCCAGGCCAUCUUCACCGCCGAGUGCUCCCGCACGUUCCACCUCCGCUGCGUGCCCAGACAGAGCGUCUGCCCGGUCUGCGCCGCGCGCUGGCGUGACGCCGCCAUCGAACCCAUGAACGCCGACGACGAGACGGUGGGACCGCCACAAGCGCACGCCCCUAUCGGCGGCGGAGGCCGCAGCGGCACAGCUGCUGGCACCGCCGGGCUGCUGGUGCUCAAGACGCACUGCGAGUACCCGGCGCUCGCCAAGGCCGCGGCGCGCGGACAUGGCUCUGGCGCGGGAUGCGGCCGAACGCGGCUCCUACGCCGAGAGGCCGUGCGGAUCCUCGAUGCCCGCCGGGAGUCGAUGGCCCGAUCGGCGCCGGCACUGUCCGGCGACGCGACGUGCGAGGCGCUGGCGGCCAAGGUGCACGAGCUAAGCCUGCGCGUGUCGGACGAACGGGAGUACCAGCUGACGGGCCGCGCAUGCUUCCUCGCCGCCAUGAGCUCGCACGCCCAGCAGCGCUGCUCGUCAGUGCGGCUCACGCGUCCUUUGUCGUCGGGGCUUCAGUUUGGAUGUGCGGGAUCGGCAAUGUUAGUGACUCCGGCCAUGCGGAAGAUGGAGAAGCUGUCGGAGACGUCGCGUGCGCAGCAUGCGCCGGAGUAUGGAAGAAGCAAGGCCGCCGCCGUCCCUCUCCCUCCUCGUUCUCACCUCGAAGCAAGGUUGCCGUCGGCUGUCCCUCGUCUCGGCGUGUUUCAGAGAAAACGCCGUCCUGUGCCACUCAAGCGCUUAGCAAAUGCUACUAGUUUUAGUUUGGUUCGUCGCUCCGUGUUCUGUCCUUUCUCAGAGGACAUGAAUGAAGACGACGAGUUCGAUCACAAGCACAACAGUCAGAUGGAAUGA